ACAGAUGCUUUGAACUCAAACAAGUUAUGGAUAAGACACUCGGAACUCUGGAUAUAAUGUCAGCAGUCAAAGUUCCGCCUAACAGUGAUAUGAACGAAUGGAUUGCAGUUAACACUGUCGACUUCUACAAUCAAGUCUCAUUGCUUUAUGAAACAAUUUCUGACUUUUGCACGGAGAUUAGUUGCCCAAUUAUGUCAGCUGGGCCCAAAUACGAAUAUCACUGGGCCAGUAAAAAUCACCGAAAGCCAUUAAAGCUGUCCGCUCCAGAAUAUAUCGCUAACAUGUUAGAAUGGACAAAUGACACAUUUAAUGACACUACAGUAUUUCCUCCAGAAAUAGGGACUCCGUACCCAAAGAACUUUAUGGCAGUUGUUAAAAAAAUUCACUGUCGUUUAUUUCGGGUUUACGGACACAUUUAUCACAGCCAUUUACAACAAAUCAAGGAAUUGGACGAGGACGCUCACAUGAACACUUCAUUCAAACACUUUGCAUGUUUUAACAAAGAAUUUGACCUCAUCCCCGCGAAAGAACUGGCACCAAUGGAUGUAGUUAUUUCAAAAAUAAUAAAAAAACUCAACCCGUAGUUAAAAUUAGCGACAAAAAUUAAUCAUUUUUACUAAUAAAGUUCUCUAUUCUUCAAUCAACUCCCCUGCCGCUUCCUUAUCAAUAAACCAAAGGACAGUUGGUCCUUUCACUAAGGAGGAUGGCAGAUUUGGAUUUUCCCCA